GAGCAACGCAUAAAUAUGGCGGACAUCACAAAUAUCUGGUGUCAUUUGAGCACCAAAAAUAGAGAGUGCCUCUCAUACUUGUAUUACGAUUUAAAACGCUGUUGGGAGGUUUGUGGCACACGAAGAAGAUACAAAAAUAAAGGUACAGAUAUGAUUAAAAUUGAUGACCUGCGUACUGCUCAUAUCGAAGGCCAAACAUUUGCUGCAUAUGGAAAUAACUAUAAGUCAUAUAUUACAGCUGGGGCAGAGGGAGAUGUUCGUUCUUAUCCAGAUCUAUUUGAUGAUGAAACUGUAUCAAUUUCUGCAGGUUCCAGAGUUACCUGUAUGGUUUCAAAGGGAAAAAAAGUUGUACUUGCAAAUGAUUUACAUGAAGUGAAAUCAUACUCUUUGCCUGAUCUUAUUCUGGAUAGUGUGUUACUUCGAUUCACUGCUUCAGUCAAUCACAUAUGUAUUAGUGAAGAUGGAAGCAAGGUUGGUGCUGCUUCAAGCGACUUCAGUAUCAAAAUUGUUAAUUCUGAUGGAUCAGAACAAAAAACUUUCACUGGCCACUCUGCUCCUGUAUUUAGUUUGUGUAUUGGGAAUAAUGAUAAUAUGAUUUCCUGUAGCUGUGAUGGAUCACUAAGAAUAUGGGACUUAGGAACACAGAAAUGUUCUAAAGUUCUUGACAUCUUACCAAAAUAUAAUAGUUCUUCAAACCAAAUGUGUGUCAUUUCAAUGAGUCCAGUCAAAAAUGAGCAUGUCGUUGUACCUUUUGAGAAGACAUUUAAGGUUUUCUCUACAGUUGAUUGGAGCGAGGAUUUUACCUUGCCUGCUGAGCAUUCAGAAAAUGUGUGCAUUGUUCAGUACUCACCAUGUGGUAAAUAUGUAUGUUCUGCUACUACGAAUGGCGAAUUAUUUACAUGGGACAUCUCAGCUAGGAAGUGCAUUAAAAAAUACCAGCAACAUUUGAAUAAAUGCAUAACUUCGCUACAAUGGAAUGGCAGCGAUGGAAAAACUGUACUUUUUGCUGACAUAGAUGGUGAAAUUGGCAUAUGUACUUUACCCAUUUCCAAAGACCAAACUGAUGAAUUUGGUGAUGAUUAUGACAUUCUUGGUGAUAUGUUGUUGAAUGACAACAUGAUGGAGGGCGAUGCUAAAGAAGGGGAUGACCAAAAUGAUGGAAUUUAUUUCAGUGCAUCUGCAAAAAAGGGUAAAAAAAGGGUUCUUGAUGAUGAUGAUGAUGAUGUGGAUGAUGUCCCAGUCACUGCAACAAAGAAACACCGACUAAACAAUGCGGAUAGUUUUCUGAAUGACGAGGCAGAAGAUGAUGACGAUGCUGAUGUAGAUGAUACAAAUAUUUCACUUAAUCUGAUAAAAGAGGGUUUACUGGGUGAUCUGAAGAAGCCUGUUAUAGAUGAAGAUAAUGAUUCAUUGUCAAGCUUUGUUGUAGAAAAGCCAAAAGCAAAAGUAGAAGAAACUGCAUUUUCACAGAAGCCAUUUCAACCGUCAUCAACACCCGUCCAUUUAAUGCACAGAUUUAUGGUGUGGAACGCUGUAGGAAUCAUUCGUUGUCAUUCUGAGGAUGACAUAUCGUCAAUUGACGUGGAAUUUCAUGACACGAAAACUAGCCACCCUCUACAUAUACCGAACGCCAUGAAUAAUACAAUGGCUGUGCUCUCAAACACUGUUGUUCUUUUUGCUUGUGAAAAACAAGACAACAUGCCCAGUAAAUUGAUGUGCACUCACUUUGCAUCAUGGGAUAGCAAUAAAGAAUGGAGCAUCCCAAUGCCUGAUGGGGAAAAUAUCGAGUGUAUAUGUGCAAACAGUGAUCACAUAUUCAUCGCAACAAGUGCUCGUCUCUUGAGAAUUCUGUCUGUUGGUGGAAUACAAACGCAGUUAAUUAGUAUACCAGGACCUAUUGUUUGCAUGGCAAUACACGAGCAGCAAUUUAUAGCAGUUUACCAAAAAGCAGCAGGCUUGAAAGGCUGUCAAAGUUUUGGUGUAUUGCACAUGAGAUUCAAUAAAAAUUCAUGGAAAAUAUUUGCUGAUGAAUCUAUAUCACUGAAACCACGUGUUUGUCUCACGUGGUUAGGAUUUUCUACUGAAGGAACACCAGCUAUGGUGGAUUCUUCUGGAGAUGUGCUUUUGCUACAGAGGUCUUCAAAUUCUUGGAUUCCAAUAGCGAACACGAAGAAACAGGCGAAGAAUAAAUCAGACAAUUACUGGGUUGUUGGAAUCGAAGAGAGGUCCGCUCAAAUUAGGUGUAUAUAUUGUAAGGGCGCAAACUUUCCAGCAACUUUGCCACGCCCUGUCCCGACAGUCAUCCCUUUCCAGAUACCAUUGUGUGAUAUAAAAACAGAAAAAUCUAUGAAAGAGCACGAGUUAAUCAAGAGUCAAUUAAUCUCGUCCAACGUAGCUUUCAAUCGCCGACUUGUUCAAGCCGAUAUCGACGAUGACGUGUCGGAUUUAGAAAAACAACAAACGCAACUGCUCAUGCAAUUAUUUGCACUUUCUUGCAAGUCAGAUCGCGAGUAUCGUGCGAUAGAGCUGUGCAAGUUAAUGUCAUUGGAAGCAGUCGGUCUAGCUAUUCAAUAUGCUAGCAAAAUGCGAAAACUUGGAAUCGCUAAGAGGCUUACUGAGCUUGCACAAACGAAGGCUGCUGAAGAGGAAGGAGAUGAAGACGAAGAAGAAGAUGAAGAAGAGGAAGAAGAAGGAGGAGCCCUCCAAAAGCAGGGUGGGGAUGAAAGUGAUCAAUUCGAACUUUCAGAUGACGAUGAUUUUAUGGAAAGUGUUGAUUUUGAUAAAGAAAAUGUUGAAAAUACCAACCAUAGAUCAACAACUGCGUCGCUGUCAAUAAGAAAAAAGAACAGCGACGGAGGGCGAAAAGAUGACGGAGAAGAACUGUUGAAAAAUUUAAAGAAAAACAGAACUUCUGAAAGUCAGAUUUCAAACAGUGCGUCCAGUCAAUCUGGAUCUAAUCCAUUCAAAGUAGGUGCACAGAAAGGAAAUAAUUCCAUUCGUGGUACCAAUUAUUUUGAAACCCUUGAAAGUCAAAAGCUGCAGAAAAAUAAAACUGGAAACAAAGCUGUCGAGAAGAAGCAAAUAAAAAAGAAAACGGUCACACUUCCCUUGGUAAACAAGAAAUCCAAUAAAAUUGUUGUGAAACAAAAAAACCUUGGGGAGGAGAAUACAGCACCUGUUCCUAAAAAGCUAACCGGAUUCCAGUUAUUUAUGAAGGAACACACGGAAAGUAAGACAGACGAGGAGAAAGGUGAAAAUUUCGUUCAGGACAUAAUGGUUCAAUGGAAAAAAUUAAGCGCCGAAGAAAAAAAGGCCUGGAGCGAGCAAGCUAAUGGCUCACGCGAUGCUCUAAAAAAUAGCAACCACAACUUAGCGACCAAAACGGAUUUGAAAAUAUCUAGUAAAAAUAAAUUAUCUUCGUUUGCAUUUAAGAAGAAUGAAAGUUAACGAGAACAAAGGCUAACGAAAACAAAGGUUCGCUUUGAGGUCUCCUGCAUCUGGAUGUUUGUGAUAUUGUUCACAUGAACUCGUGCCAUGUGGAGAAGACAGACUUGUAACACGUGGAAGGGUCGCAGAUGUCAACAAAGAUAGAAAAGAACAAUAUUUUGUUUUCUUUAAUAAUUCACUAUGAUCCUGGAUCCCAUACGAAAUAGUACAUGUUACAGAACAGUUUUAUGUCAUAAAACUUAAUUAUGCCUUAUUUAAUAUUGUACAUAAUUGCACAAUUAUUUUGCUUUUACACGGCGGCGGACUUUUGAUUUUUAAAAAAUAUCUCUAAGUCCAAACCUUUAUAUGUUCAAACCCUCAAUUGAAUAAAAUUACAAAAUACUAGUUAAUAUAUCUUUCCGCUGAUAUUUUUAUAGUUGUGUAUGGGAGAAUGUUUUCAUUCAUUUUAUCUUGGUCCAUCUUACAGAUCAAAGGAACUUCUCUAAUUGACCAACUCAUCUUGUCUGUUUCAUACGAUGCAACGACCUGCAGCAAAUAUGUUAUUGAAAACAAUAAACUGGAUUUCUAAUUGCCUAAUUAAAAAAAACCCAGAUGAAUUAAGCAUGCGUGUAUCUGUGUAGACAGCUGCCCAAUGUUUAAUAAUCUACUAAAUCGUUUGUUCUCUUAUCUAACCUUUCGGCCCUAUUUUGUCCAAAUUGUUUUGUGACUUUUACAGCGAUACAAGAUAUCCAGUUUGUUAUGAAAAUGUCAUUUAAGUGAUUAUUAGUAAAAACAAAUUUACAAUAAUUGGACCAAUUACCAAAACCGCUUCUGAUCUUAUGAAGUUAAUAUUAUUUACGAUGACGUCAUUUUGAAUGUAUAUCAUUUUUUCAGUGGUUUUAAAAUGCUCGUGUAAUUAUAUCUUUUUUUACCGAAAAUAAUAAUAGUGUGUUUUACUUGAAUUUAAA